AUGGUUGGCGAAUUAAUAGAAGAAUGUGUUGUAAUUGCUUUUAAUGAAUCUUGCCCCGAGAAGGUGAACUUAUUCAACGAAAUAAGUCUGUCGCAUCAGACGAUUGGUAGAAUCGAUGAUUUAGCUGACAGCAUUAUGGGUAUAUUGCAGACUCAAUUAUCUAAAUGUGUUCAUUACAGUUUAGCAUUAGACAUAUGUACUGAUCAAAGUGACACUGCACAAUUGGUUAUUUUCAUUAGAGGAAUUGAUGUCAAUUUUAAUAUCAUUGAAGGAAUGUUGGGUGUAUGUCAUAUGAAGGGUACAACAACUGGCAGGAACAUGACUGAGCAUGUUAAUUUAUCAUUAGAAAAGUUCAAUGUUGAUAGAAAUAAAAUUAAUUCGAUUGCAACUCAUGCUGCCACUGUAUUAACUGGUAAAAAUAAUGGGUUUAUUACUUUAUUCAAAGAAAUGGUUGAUCAUGAUAUACUUAGCUAUCAUUGCUUGAUUCAUCAACAGCAAUUAUGUGCUCAAAAAUUAAAUAUGAAACAGUUGAUAACAGAUAUUGUGAACGUUGUUAAUUUUAUCAGAUCUUGGUGUUUGGACCAUCGUACAUUCAGAGCAUACUUGGUAGAAGUUGGCAGUGAGUAUAAAGACGUUAUUUAUUUCUCAAAAAUCAGAUGA